AUGGUUGAAAAGGUUUCUUCUUAUGCGCGUAAAGACUUGCAGUUUUUCAAGGUUUUUCUCCCCGAAUUCAGUUCUCGCGAGCUUGUGAUACCUCCAGCAUUCAUCGACAUCUUAGAGAAGCCAUUACCUAAUGAAGUUUCGUUACGCGAUGAGAUCGGGCGGUCAUGGUUCGUGGAUACAGAAACAGAAGACACAGAUGAAAGACUCCGUGUUGUUUUCAAACAAGGCUGGAAGCUUUUCGCAGAAGAUCAAUCCCUUGAGUUCGGAGACUUUCUAGUGUUCAGCUACGACGGCCGUUCGAGAUUCUCCGUUACGAUUUUCGCUAAAGACGGAUGUAAAAAAGAUCUCGGUUUCGUCACAGCCACGGAUAGAUCUACUAGGGUUUCGGCUGAUGAGAGAGAACCGGAACGUCGGGUUAAGCGGAAUCGGCAUUCGGAGUGGGUUGAUAUUGAACCGGAGUAUGUAUCGACUAUCAAAACCGAACCGGAACGCCAUAGAAAGGUCAACCAGGCUGGAGGUUCUUGUGACAUUCCGGUUCCUGAGAAGAAACGAAGAGUAUUUGAAGAACCGGUUAUUAGUAAACCAAAGAAUCCGCAUUUUGUGAGGAAUAUCUCACAUUGUACACUUUAUAAACUGGAUAUACCGACAACUUUUCUGAAAUCGAACGGGAUCGAAUUGGAGAAAGAAGUGGAGCUUUGUGACGAAGAUGGAAAGAAGUGGCCAAUGGAGAUUGUGCAUCACGAGAAAGGAUUCAGGUUCUCGCAUGUUUUGUGGAAGCGUUUCUUUGAAAGCCAUAAGUUGAUGACCAACAAUAAGUGUAUAUUUGAGUUUAUUGUCGCAAGUAAUGGGAGAUGCAACGAGAUCCAAGUUCGUAUUGUCCGUGGGCCAUUGCUUACUACUAUGACGAAGAGUUAUUACCACGUUCUUGCUUUGUAA